AUGGCCAGAGCCAAGACACGGACGUCUCAACAGACCUCCAGGAGUCCAGGUGUGACCCAAGCCAAGAGACAGACUUGUCAACCAGCCCAAUCCAGCUGUGUUAAAGAUUCUCCAGGAACCAGCGGCAUGAACAGAAGGCAAUGUUACGCCGCACUGACAGCGGACAAAGGGAAAUUCGUGCAAAAGAGCAACCUCGUGAUCCACAGUCGCACGCACACGGGCGAGAGGCCCUUCGAGUGUUCGUCGUGCCCGGCCACGUUCACCCGCAGCGAUAUUCUGAAAAUGCACAUGUUGACUCACACCGGCGAAAGACCCCACGAGUGCAACGUCUGUGGGCGCAGAUUCGCCUUGAAAUUAAGCCUCGCCUACCACGCACUGACUCAUUCGGGGAAGAAGGCGUUCGCCUGCCACGUGUGCGGCCGAAAUUUUUUACGAAAAGACGCACUACGGAGCCACGCCCGUACGCACACUGGCGAGAAGCCUUACGUCUGCUACCUCUGUCCCGCUACGUUCGCACACUGGGGCACGCUGAAAGGGCACGUCGCAAGCCACACCGGCGAGCGACCUCACAAGUGCGACGUAUGCGGGCAGAGUUUCGGAUCGAGGUGCAACCUUUCCAAUCAUAUGCACGUUCACUCGGGUGUGAAGAAGUUUAGCUGUGAAUUCUGUAGCCGCAAAUUUAGUUAUAAACGAGCACUGACAGAGCACACCCGCACGCAUACGGGCGAGAAGCCGUACCUCUGCCACCUUUGUCCUGCUGCAUUCGCGCACUUGAGCACGCUGAAAGGGCACGUCGCAAGCCACACCGGCGAGCGACCUCAUGGGUGCGACGUAUGCGGGAAAAGGUUUACCGUAAGAGGGAACCUUUCGCGCCAUAAGCGUACUCACUCAGCUAGUCGCUAAGCCUAAGUGUCACUCCUGUAGCGGUACAUUUUACGGUAAGGUAUACCUCAAUGCCGCCAUGACUGCAGCUCGAACAGCGGGAUAUUUUGAGACCGUUGUAGUAUUCUUAGUAAGUGCUUAUAUCAACCACCUUGAAAUAUCACACGCAGCUAGUAGGCAGCAGUACACAUUCUUUAGAGCGCUUAUUGCACCCAGCCAUGCAGCGGGCAGACGCCGUGCAUGUAUGAAUUGGAUUCAGGAGUCGCGGCCCCUAUACCACAUUUUACAUUACAGGACACGCGUGUGCAAUGCCAAGUAGGCCCUUUGGCAUAAGUAGGUCUUUUGAGCUGUGAGCGUAUGCGCAGUUUUUCUUGUAAGGUGUUCCUAGAAAUAUUCAGAUACUAUUGCAAGAUUCACUAUAUGAAAGCAUCUGACGAACAUUAAUGUCUAUUGUUGCUGCUGUUGAAAGUUCUUUUGCAUAUAUAAGUGUCCUGUUGUCUGAGAUAAUAAAGAUACCCUUUAUUUAGACUACAAUUUCGUACGUGUGUGCCCAGACUCUGUUGCGCGCAUGCGCUUGAAAGAUACUUUCUCCAGGAAAAUGAAUAAACAGUAACACUAGUACACGCUUUUGCUGCGUUAUCUGUUUCAUUACAAAUUGAACAAAUUUCUAACAAAAUGAUGUUUGACAAUUUUUUCUGUAUUUAUAUUUUUGUUCAGUACAGAUAGAAUGCCUUUCAUGCAUGUAACAUGUGUAAUAUUGCAGUUGUCUUAUGAAUACGUUUCUUUUCUCUGUGUUUUACUUUUUAUUCAUUUCUUGUUUUGAAAUGUACUUAUAGAGUAUCUGCUCUGGUAACAUAAUCUGUUCAUGUAAUUACAUAUUGAGACUCCCUGCUAGCCAAUGCCUAUGGACCUCACCAGUGUUGUGCAUUUUCAUGUACUAACAGAACUCGAAAUAAAAGACG